CCGGGCUCCCGCCUCCGCGCCCCGGGCGCCGAGUCCCGCUGCGCGUCAAGAGGGAGAGCCGGCAGCGGGCUGCUCUGCCGGGAGCCGGAGCCGGAGCCGAAGAGGCAGCUGCAGCAGCAGCAGCAGGCAGGACCCGCCCUACCCCAAAGCAGCCCGGCUCUGGCCGGGGACUUUGCCCUGGCUGCGCAAAAGCUGCAGGCCAACAAACAAGAUGGAAGAAUUUCUGCAGCGCACCAAAACCAAGCUGAGUCGAAAUAAACAUUUGGAUAAAGUACAUGUAGUACUUGGAAAUAAAACCUGUGAUUUGGAUUCACUUAUUUCAGCUUUAACGUAUGCCUACUAUCUUGAAAAGGUCAGUCCACCUAACAUUCUGUGCUUGCCUGUACUGAACAUACCAAGAAGAGAAUUCUGCUACUGCACAGAAACGAGGUUUAUUUUGGAGGAACUGAAUCUCCCAGAGUCUCUCCAUAUCUUCUGUGAUGAAAUCAAUUUGUAUCAGCUGAACAAUGAAGGGAAAUUGUCUCUUACGCUUGUGAACAGCAGUGCACUAACAAGUGAAGAUAAAAAUUUGGAAUCAGCUGUUGUCAGAGUCAUCAACCCUGAAGAGCGAUGUGAUGGCAACCUGGAGACCUCAGCGUCCUCUUCCUCUCUGGUAGCGAAAGAGAUUCUCCAAGAGGCACCAGAGUUAAUCACUCGGCAACUGGCUCAUCUUCUCAGAGGGAGCAUCCUCUCUUUGGCCAUGGAUCCUGAACAAAUUACGAGAGACCAGGAAGAAGUGCUUUCAAAGUUAGAGGAGAAAUUCCCAGAGCUGCUGCCUCGAGAGGAUAUUAUCACCGCUCUACAGGAAGUUCAUCUCCAUGCAGAUGGGCUAAGGAUUGAGGAGGCCAUGCUCAAGGAUCUAAAAGAGGUGUCAGAUGGAGAAAUAAAAGUAGCUGUUAGCACUGUGUAUAUGAAUUUGGAGGACUGCCUAUUUCACAGAAACAUGACCGGAGAUCUAAAAGCAUUUGUAGAUAAGUAUGGUUUUGAUGUCCUUGUCAUUUUGGCCAGCUACUUAUCAGAAGAAAGGCAAGAAAAAAGGCAGAUAGCAGUUUAUUCAGAAAACAUGGAGAUGGGAAAUCAGAUUUGUUGUGAAUUAGAAGAAUGUCAGAAUCCUUGCCUAGAACUGGAUCCUCUGGAAUAUGGAUGUGAUCAAUUCCUCAUUUAUCACCAAGAAAAUUCUUCAGCCAAUUGCGAUGAAAUUUUCCUGCUAAUGAAAGACGUUAUCAGCAGGAGACAUCCAGAAAUGGCACCAAACAGUAGAACAUCUUCCACUGAAGCGGUUGCUGGAAGCGCUCCACUUUCUCAAGGAUCUUCUGGUAUUAUGGAGCUUUAUGGCUCUGACAUUGAACCACAGCCAAAUGUUGUCAACUUUAUAGAGAACCCUCAAGAUCAUAAUGGAUCUGUCCAAGCCCAUGCUGAUGCUAAUGUAGAUCUUGUGAGUCCAGACAGUGGGCUUGCUACUAUUAGAAGCAGCAGAUCCUCCAAGGAGAGCUCAGUUUUUCUUAGUGACGAUAGCCCAGUAGAAGGAGCAGCAUCUCAUCACAGUUUCCUUUCCGGUUUUGAUUCCUAUAGUCCCAUUCCUGAAGGAGCAGUAGCUGAAGAAGAAAAAUCUCAGCCGAGGAACAGCAGCAACAAUUUUGAUCUAUUCAACUUUGAUUUAGCACCAAUGGCUGCAGUUCAGAUGGAUUCUUCUCAUUCUGUGGACUGUUCCCCUCCUGAUGACUUCUCCCAUGACAGUGGUUCAUCAGAAGGACAACCACCAACUGACUCAAAAGUAAUUGAUGAGACAAAUCUAUCAGAAUGUGACAUUGCAAAUUAUUCAACUGAUUUACCAAUGACAAGAAAGGAAGAAGAUGACACAAUAAAAUUUAAUGAGUGUAGCCACCUGCAAGAACAUCCUAGUAUGAUAGACCUAGAAAAUGACUCUUCCUCUCAUCCUAAAGUGUUGAACAAUGUUGAGAGGAGAACUCCACCAAUCUCUAUGAACAGCCGUGUGGAAUCUCCGCCUUUAGAUGGUGGGCCAUCUUUAUUUUGUCCACAAGAUAAAAUUAAAGAAAAUAAUGAAACUGAUUAUGUGAACAAUUCUCAGUCUCGUACGAGAUAUGGGAGCUGGUGGGAUGGGUUUCAAAUAGACUCCAAAAAUGCUGUUACAUGGAGUUCAACUGAAGCAGAAUCUGUAUUUCAGAGUCCUGAUUCAUGGAAAGAAUAUAAAACAAGUCUAUUACUGAAAGAGCAAACUGAUAGAAGAGCUUCAGAUUCAGUCUGUAUACAAGAGCAUCAGAAGCGUAUGGAUUUUGCAAGAGCAGGUAUUUGGGAGAACAAGUUUGGUGCUGCCCAAGUUAAGCAGGAUUUGGGAUGCCAUCAAAAAGACAAUGAACAACCAAUGGAGGACUUUGCUAGCAUGUGGAAUACCAGUCAACCAGUUCCUGCAAUUUCUGGUCCAUGGGGUAAUACCAAUAGUAAUGGUGGACACAUCAACUCAAAUUCACCUAAUGUUUGGGCAGAAAUUGAUCAUGAUGGUUCUGGACAUUCAGAGUGUACAUGGAAUGUUCCUCAGGUAGAUUUUGAUCAUAUUUCCCCAAUGAAACUUGAUACAUGGGUUAUGUCUAACUGUUCACCAGAACACUCUGAAUGCAAUGAUUCUGAACAUCUAAACAGUCAAGUAGACCUAGGAUCAAAGAAUGAAGGACAAGCUAGUUCAACAAAAACCAACAGAACAUAUGAAAAUGCAAAUAAUGAUACGAGUGGCAUGCUGAAGAAUGUUAAAUUGGCUAUGGAACACCAAAGGGAUACUGUACCUAAACCCAAAGAAUUUGAAAAUACCAAUGGAUGGGCCAUGUAUGACACAAACAUUAGAAAAGAGGCACUUGGAAAUCUUGUCUCUUGGGAAGACCCCUUCCUGUCAUAUAGAGAAUCAGACUUUAACACCUCAAAUACAUGUGACGAUUUUAUUGUUUCUCCACCGGAUACAAAUUAUUCAACAUCUGACUCAUAUGUAUCACCAACAGGGGCUGGAGAUGAAAAAGAGAGUGAGGGCAAACAUUAUGAGCCAAUCUUGGAUCAAAUGGUAAACAUAAGCUCGGGUGAACCUGAAACAUACAGUUUUGGAGAUUUGAAAUUGCCACAAACAUCAGCGUUAUGUUCCACUGAUUCUGACUAUGGAAGUCGAGGCCCCUGGGAAGCACCACUUAAUAAUAAGAACCAACUGGAAGCAGUACAUUCUGAAACUACUAUUAUAAAAAAUAUUGAUUUACUUGAUUUGAAACAAAAAGGUGCUACAUAUUUUUCAGAUGACUACUGUGAUCAUGAAAGUAGUGCUUCAAGUUCUGAAGACACUGGAAUAACGAUGUUUUCUACAGAGAAAAAUAGCCACUCAGCUCUAAAUAAUAUUGAAGGGGGAAAUGCUGAUGUAAGUAGUGAUGUCAUCCUUCAGGACACAAAUGACAUGGAGAGAACAUUUUCAGUCAGUGAUCAAGUAAAAAGAAACAAACAAUCAGAGCAGAACACCAGACUUCUAGAUAAACAGUUGAACCAGUGGAAUGAACAGCUUCAAUACAAUCAUCAGGCUGGAUUAGAGCACAGUGGCAUCUUUUCUGCCUCAAAGCAAGUAGUCAAGCAAUGUCAAAGAACAGAUGAGGGAAGUGGGCAAGUCACCCUUGAAAAUAUUAGGAAUGAAAUGAUGCAAAAUGACAAUAAAGACUUGAUCCUUCCACUUCCUCUCUCGUCUAGUAAUAGUUCAGAGGAAAGCAGGGCAAUUUUUGGUUCUCCCAGGUCACCAGAAAAAACAAGAUGUAGUGACAGUCUAGAAGAUGUAGUAGCAGAGCCAGAGGAAAUAAGCCUGCCAUUUUCCAAUGAGACUCAUCCUGUCAAUGAGGAAAAGAAGGGUGGAUCUCUCGAUAGCAAUGCAGAAUAUUUUGCUACAUCUCCCAAAAAAGAAAACAAGCACAUAGUUCAUAGCCUUGACAUGGAUGCUUACCCAAAAUACAGUUUAAAUGUGUUAUCACCAUCUGAAAGUUUGGAUAGGGAACUAUCUGCACAGAAGAUCCCUGAGAAGGAGAGUGCAUCCCCAAGUUCCCCUAGAGGAGAAAACCAUCAAGGAAUGCAUUAUCCAGAGUUGGUUGAACAUCAAGAUGGAUGGGAUAAAUUGGAGAAACGUAUCUCUAAGUCAGAGCCAUCAAGUUGUUUGCUACAUGAUGAAUUGCCAGUACCAGUAGGAGAACAUCAGGAACAUCAGGAAUUUGAUGAGUCAGUUGCUAGCUUGAACAUUCAUAAAUCUGAUUUGGAAACUCCUGAAAAUGUUUCAGGAAUGCUUAGCAGUCAUGGAGCAUCUUUAGAGGAUAAAAAUCAAGAGGGAUCAAUGGAAAUACAACAGGAUUCAUAUACAGAAUAUACUCAAGCCCUGGAUACAAUGGAUAAGCCUAAAAUAAAUGACUUGUUGUCAAAUGGAAUGGAUUUGUCUCAUGAUAGUGAGACUUCUGAAAGCUUGGAGUCUGAGAAUAAGCUUUCCAAUGAGAAAUGUAUUGAUAUUAUUCCUCAUCAUGAGUUGUCCCAUAUUCUAGAUGCCUGGAAUGUAUCGAUGGAUGAACAGGCACAGUCUGUUGGAAUAAGCCCCAACAUAAAUGAGGCACUUGAAGGGUCAGAUACCAUGUAUAAUUUCCCAGAAGAUAUUCCUAUCAAAGACACCUAUUACAAAGAAGACACCACUUGUAGUGGUUCCAUUGACUAUACACACUCAAGUGCAACCACUCCCGAUACAAGUGAUUUUUCUACAAAUAUGCAUAUUUGGGAUAGCUUUCAGGUAGCUAAUAAUCAAAAAGAAAAUGAAGAUGCUUGGGACAUCACAACUGACGGUGAAGAAGCAUCUGGAGAAGAGUUACCUGAGAAUAAAAGCCAAGAAGAUUCUGAAACAAGCACUGAACACAAAGUGCCGAAAAACUUAGAGCUUUGGAAUGCUCAUGUGGAUGAUGAUACCGUAUCCUCAUUAUCAAGUCCUGGAAUUGAUGUAGAUUCAGAAUACUUGAGUAUGCAAGAGACAGGAAUACAGGCAGCUCUACAUCCUAACAGACUAGAGGCUGACAUACCAGGGCAAGAAUCUGUUCGGCCUCAUGAAACAAACCUUGUAAUUGAUUCAGAAGGUUCAAGCACUCCGUCUCAUUUCAAGGAAAAUGUCCAAGUAGUCACAUUAAAUGAAAAUUCAGAAAAUCUUAAUGCUUUUGACACUUCUGUGGAGGAUUAUGUUCAUGAAACAUCUGAAUGUUUAGCGCAUUGGGAAACAAUUCAGGAUGAAGCAGAUGGCCAUGCUAUACAAAUGUCUGAUAUAAAUCAUGAAGAAAACCAUGGCCCAAAGAAUUCAGAUGCUUGGGAUGUAAUAAUGCAAGGCCAUUCUGAAACCACAUUAGAUAAAAAUAAAAAAUCCAUAGUGGACAAUCUUAGAUUUCCAGAUGAUUCCUCGGAGUGGUGGAAUUUACAAAGCCAAGAUGAAAGUUCAAUGGAAGGUGCACAAUUUUAUUCUGAUAAUGAUUUAAAAAUUAAUGACACAGUCACCAUUACACAUGGUGCAAUGCAAAUACACACAGAAAAAAAUGAAAAGCGAAAAGAACCAAAUUUCCAUGAUGCUACUAAGUUUGAAAAUGAGUCUACUCAAGAUAACAGUGAAUGUGAAUGCAGAAAUGGAGCAAACUCACUGGCCAACAAAGAAGAAGAGUUGGAUCAAGGUACUGUGAAUUUUGAAGAGUGUUAUCCACUGUCACCAUCCUGUGAGGAUGAAAGUGGUGUAAAACAAGAAUCCUCUGUUACUAAUGUUAAAGAUCAGGAUGCUCUUAAACACCCUGUUCCAGAAGACUGGCAAUCAAACCUAUUAAACGCACUUGCUCAGGUCGAUCCAACACUUGGUCUGCUAAGAGAUAAAAUGAAUGCAGCAUCUAUCAAUCCAAAUGAAGUAAAUGUAAAUCUAUUAGAUAAAAAAGAAACCAGUGAACAAUUUCCAUCUAAUCCUCCACUACCUUUAAAACCAAUAAGGAAACCUAGCCCAAGAUGUGAUGAAGUUACACAGGAAAAUUCAUUUGUUCCAGAUAUAUUACAAAACAACAACCCUAGUGAUUGCCAGGCAUUUACUGUUGAUCCAGAUUUGUGGACUAAUGUUGAACAGCCUUUUGUCUUGAGAACAAAUGGUGAAAAUCCUGAUAUAUUAAGUCACUGUGAUCAAGACAGCAGUUCACAGGCCUCAAGUAGCCCUGAUGUUUGCAAUGAAUAUGAAAACAAGGAAACUUGUGCCCAAUCUUCUGUUCUAACUGAACCCGAAGAAGCUAUUCAGAUGUCUUCCAUGCUGUCAGAAAUAUACAAAGACAUAGACGUAGUCUUUAAUCAGCAGUUGACAAUUGACAGAGAAGAGUUAUGUCCUGAAAGUCUGUCUCUUGAUUAUGAGACAAGUCUUGGUGAGUCCUACAAAGGAACACUCGCUGGAAAUGAGGAGUUAUCUGAAACUGGAGAGGAAACUGUUAUGCAUGAAUCUGACAUAGCACAUAAAACUACUACUGAAUUAGAGGAUCUUCCAAGUUCGUGUAGUGAAAAUUUGGAAGCAGAACUCAUAAAUCAGGAAAGCAAUGCCUAUGAAAAUAAAAACUUUGAAGAACAGGAAGGUGCAACUUCCUCAGACAAAAUGAAGUCUAUGGAUCCUGCUGUUGCUCUGGCUUCACCUACAGGGAUGGAUGAUCAGCUGGAAGCAUCAGAUAUGCAUGGCAUCAGUAAGAUGUCAGUUGCCACUAAACCAUCUACCACACUGAAUGAAAUUAAUCCCAUUGCAAUCUUAGACAAUCAAUCAGAGAAAAGAGUAGAAACCAAUGAAAUAUUCAGAAAGAAACAUUCAUUGCAAGCCUCCCUAGAAGAAGAAAAUGAAGAUUUCCUCUAUGGUGCAGAAAGUCAAUAUGCCACUAAUAUUCUACAAGAACCUGAAAAUUUGCAGGAGAAUAAUAGCCCAUGGGUUGUAGGAUCACUCACAGAACAAUCACCACUUGCAUGUACUUCUCCAUUUGAUGUAUCAUUUGGUCAUGAUUACACUCUUCAGAAAGGUGGCGUGAACAUUUCAGAAUGUGGCACUGUUGAUAUCAAAGGUGAGGUUGCAGAAUAUUCUCAAGCAGAUCAAGGUUGGGAAUCACUGUUAGUAGAGUCUGACGGGACUCCUGGAUCUUCAUGUACUUUGAAAAAAUUUGAAUAUGAAACAGAUUCAAGUAAUAUUGAAUCACCCACGGGUGUCAAUGAUCUUGAUCAUUCAGAAUCUAUAGCUACUGAUGUCUACAAUGAGAUUGCAGGAUGCACUCAAGAGGGUCAAGACUGGGGAUCAUUUCUGUUAGAAUCCAGAGAGACUCCUGAAUCAUCAUCUGCUUUAAAAGAAUUCAAAUAUGAAACAGAUUCAAGUAAUAUUGAUUUAUCAGGUGCUGGAAGUGCAAGGAGUAUUUCAGAAUCUAAGCCUAGUGAUUCCGAUGGUAAGACUGGGAAAUGUUCUCAAGAAGAUCAAGAUUGGGGAUCUUUAUUGUUAGAACCUGAAGUGACUCCUAAGUCGACUGAUUUUUUGAAAGAAUUUGAGUAUGAAGCAGAAUCAAUUAAUAUUGAUUCACCAGCAGAUGGAGUCAUAAGCAUAGCCAAUGAAUCUAUCUGUUAUACACUGCAUAAUGCAAGUGAAGGGUGCAAGUCCAUAGAUAAGUCAGAGAUGAUAAGACCAGAAAGAAAGGAAAAGACAACUUUGAAAGAAGCCGAAGAUCAAUCUUCACUAGAGAUGGAUUAUGUCCUCAUUACUGGCGAAGAAACUGUAUCUUUGAGGAAGGAUAUCUUGGGAACACAAGAAAGUAAUUUCACUUCACAGGAAGCUACAGCAGUAGAACAAACGAAUUCUCUUGAAACCUUUUUAGCAGAGACCUCGGAUACAUUUCAGUCACUCUCCAUAAUAAAUGAAAGUGAAGGGCAGUCUGCUCUGGAGACUGAAUGGGAAUCUUUCUAUUUGGCAGAGAAAAGUUCUGCUGUUGUGCCUCAAAAACUGGGAGAUGAAAAGAAAUCACCCAGAAGCCCUGCGCGAGAUCAGGAAUGGACUAUGGUGGGCCAAAAUGGAGUGAAUGAUAUAUCACCUGAAGAAAACUGUAGCAUAGACACAAUAGAGUCACUAUCUAGACACCCUGUUAAAGAAUUAGAAGGUGUUUUAAGCCAGGAAUUGAUAUGUGAGACACAAGAUGAAACUCUGCUAGAGAGAAACCCUCACAAAUCAGGGCAACAAGAGGAUGGGAAAUCACACAAUAAAGGGACAGAUGCUCUUUUAUUGCAAGUUGUUGCUGGUGAUGGUGAAUUGGAUGUCCUUUCACAACAACAUUCUGUCAAUGGCAUGGUAACAGAACAAGAAGCAGAAGAGGAGACCCAAUUUGUUGGCAGUGAAAGAGAACUCAGUCCUGUAACAGGAUUGAUAUCGGAGGAUGUUGGAAUGGAUAUCCCUUCUAAUGAGACUAUGCUAGACUCCAGUGCUACAGAGAUGAGACCUGAACCUCCCAAUUCUCUAGAUAUCAAUGGUUCCAGCUCCAGAAGGAUAAAACUCACAGCUCCGAAUAUCAAUCUCUCUUUGGACCAAAGUGAAGGAUCUGUCCUUUCUGAUGAUAACCUAGACACUCCGGAUGAAAUUGACAUCAAUGUAGAUGACCUGGACACACCAGAUGAAGCAGAUUCUUUUGAAUAUGCUGGGCAUGGAAAUGAAUUAAACUGGGAAGAAGAGCAGCCGGCCAUUAAGGAAGCUUCUCAAGAGGAAUCUGAAGCAAUCCCAGAAUAUACUGCUGAGGAAGAGCGAGAAGACAACCGGUUAUGGAGAACAGUUGUCAUUGGAGAACAGGAGCAGAGGAUCGAUAUGAAAGCCAUUGAGCCUUAUAAAAGGGUCAUUUCUCAUGGAGGAUACUAUGGGGAUGGUCUAAAUGCCAUCAUUGUGUUUGCUGCAUGUUUUCUGCCAGACAGCAGUCGAACUGAUUACAACUAUGUCAUGGAAAACCUUUUCCUAUAUGUAAUAAGUACCUUGGAGCUCAUGGUUGCUGAAGACUAUAUGAUUGUUUACUUGAAUGGAGCCACACCCAGGAGAAAGAUGCCAGGACUGGGAUGGAUGAAAAGAUGUUACCAGAUGAUUGACAGGCGGUUAAGGAAGAACUUGAAAUCCUUCAUCAUUGUUCACCCCUCUUGGUUUAUCAGAACAAUUUUAGCAGUGACACGGCCUUUUAUAAGCUCAAAAUUCAGCAGUAAGAUAAAAUAUGUGAGCACUUUGGCAGAGCUCAGUGAACUAAUUCCAAUGGAAUAUGUAAAUAUCCCUGAAAGUAUUGUCAAGUAUGAAGAAGACAGGUCCUUUCAGAGAAGAGUAAGACUGGAUGAAGAGCUGAGGGAAGCAUCAGCAAAAGCAAGCUGUCUUUCAAAUGAGCCAGAAAUAACUUCAGUCCAGCAGGAGAUUGACAUGACAGUGAAAGGAAAUCCCUAACUUCCUUGGCAAAGUGCAGAAGAGAAUUAUCAUUUGUUUGGUGUGCCUGGGCCUCAAGGAUGGGGACAAUUUGGGUUUCUCAUUUGAGCACAAUCCUCCAGGAUGACCCCGUUCACCAGCCUCAUUUCUUUUCAUGAGGCCUGUUGGUGCAAGAAUAGUUCCUGGUAGAUUGCAACCUUUGUUCUCUGAUCACUCAGUGCCAUUCAGAGUUUUCUGAAGUAAAAUAAAAAUAUAUAUGGAGGGCUGCUACUGCCAAAUAGGCAGCAACGUGUAGAUUCGUGCAUUACCUUCAGAAGUGUUGCCUGCAAUAUGCAUUUUACCCCAGUUCUGAAUUUUGCCAUCAGUGUGCCUCAUCCGUGAUUCUGGACGUUUGAUUUAUUGUUCCAUUUUGGCUUCAGCGUAUUAACAUAUCUGUGCCAAGUUACAUUAGAAAUGUUAAUUUCUCUAUAGCAAUGCCCCAGUCCAGUGGCUCCGGUGCAUUGGGCUCAAUGGGCUCAAUUAGGCAUGCAGAAUUCUGUGCAAGGAGAGACUCAGAUUGCGACCUUCCUUGCUUUAUGAGAGAACAAACACACAUUGCUUCUUAGAAGAAUCUGGGGAGCUCGAACUCACAUGGAGCGUUACAAGUGCUUCAGAGACUUCACUGAUCUUGGUUUGCCACCAUUAGCUAUAAUUCCACUCCUUUGUUCCCCAAAAAAUUCUUAGUAUUUUUCUUUCUUUCACUAUAUCUCAAUAGCAGGCACUAUGCAGGACUAUUCUUGAUCACAACAGUGCCAUGAAUAACAAGGAUGGAAUGUUUUUUUCUUAAUUUUAUGUGUUGUUAAGGAAACAGGAAGUCCCCAGAGGAGGUAAUGCUUGCAGAAGCAAAGGAUACUCCUUGUAUGAAUGAGAAUAUGUAUGGACCUCGGUGAAAUCCCAGACUGAAAGGAUGCAGGAAGAGAGGCAACAUAUGCUGAGGUCAUCAGAUAGUAUGCUAAGAUAACAGCCCCAAAGAGAAAAUAAAGGUUCUCUUUUAAUUUGAUUGCGGUACCAGUUGUCAUCACUAACAAAGUACCAAAUUCAAAACUUCAUGCUAACUAAAGUAUUGCACAGUAACAAACACCCCUCUGUUGAGAAGCAAAACCCUAGCAAUUCUAAAACACACUAGUUUAUUUUCAAAUGGUGGUGACAAAUUAAUUAAUUUGCCAGACUGAAAAUAGAAUGCUGAGGUGUGGGUCUUAUUUAAUCAAAAAGUGGAUGCUAUUAGACAUAACAUGUUCAUAGUAGCUUUUUGUAAUAAAUUUAGUCACUAGUUAUUAUCAUCUUACUCCAGAAAUAUAGCUUCAAGUAGAUUAAAUCAAUAUCCUGUAUUACUAAUCAUCAUUUGUCAUUAGUCAUCUGUAGUCGUUAUGACAGGCAGGGGUUGGUAGUGGUUGCCAUUAUCUCCAUUCACAUAUAAUUCACAUUCACCUUGAACAAUACGUUGUUUUAUAGGGAAGGGACCAGUCUGCUGUCCAACAUGCAAGGGGAUGGGUGGCAGAAAGAGGGAAAUUGGGACCUUCUGUGGUCCAUCAUCAAAGCCAUCACUGUUGGCAAGGGAGGUUUCCCCACCAUUUUAAAAUCAUUCCAAACCAUUUUCCUCAUAUGAAGAGUGGCAGCAAGUGAAGAGGUUAACCAAGGGACACUAAAUCUUCCUGUCUUUGGUGAGUCAUGUUUUUGGAGUGUGUGUAAAGCUUUGUACCCCUUCACUUGUAUCUGCAGACCAUUUAUUUUGUCCCAUAGAAUUCGGUGGGUGCCACUGAAAAUUGAAUCAGCCCAUAUCUUCAUGACUUUCAACCUUUAUCUUUCAACUUCUGCCACUAGUGUGUGUGAUGGAAAUUGAACAUUGGGAAUCCACUUACAUAUAUACUGGUUUCAGAGCCAAAGGUUUGCAUUCUCCAGCAGAAGGAGCCUUCUGCCAAUCCAAUAGAAAGUGUCUUCUUCUAGUGGAGCAAGCUCCAUCCAUCAGAGGAAGAAAACCUUCAGAUCCAACACAAUAAGUUGGAUUGUUUAAAAGGAUUGAAAUAGGUUCUGUCAACAGAAAGAAAUGAAGGAAAUAAGAAAGCUCUGUAGUUAAACGUCAGGGAACAAAUUAUAUUUUUGCAGUGUUCCUUGUUUGACAUCAGUUUUUACGCUGCCUGUGUCCUUAAUCUAAGCUUGAAGAAGUUCCAAGAACAACACAUGCCCUGUGUGGUGCCAGUCCCAUAAAGUGCUGAGCACUGAUUCUUAUACAAGACUGGAACCCAGCUUAGCACUUGACAUUUUAUGUCAUCCUGUAGAAUGAUAAUUUGAAAAUUGGAUUGUUCUUUAGAAGAAAUUCUACUUCAGAUGCCAUGGUUUAACAGACAGGGGUUUGAGUUACCUUCCAGAUGCUGAGAGUGUUCCCAGUCUGAAAUUUCAAUGCCUCCCAUGCCAUGAGCUCGUAUUCUUCACAGACAUUAGGACUAUGCAAUGCAGUACAAGAGUGAUGGUGAAUAUUGGUCUUUUGCCCUUGUACAUGUUUGUAGUAGGAAGCAAUCAUUUUGAAGGGUAUGUUAAUGUGCAAUUUUGCCAUGGGGUUCCCUUAUAAGAUCCUUUUACUAUGAAGAUAUUAAUAGGAAAAUGAACCUUGUGACAAUGGUAACAGUGGAGGGUUCCCUCCACCAACACGUUUAAUAGAUGCAGUACUUACUCUUCUCAAUCAAUCACUUGCUGUGCUAAUGAGCACAUGGAGAUUAUCUGUCUGCAGAGGGACUCCCAUUACAUUUAGUGGAGGAAGCUGUGCUGCCCAUACAUUUUGUUGUGUGUUUGCAGUUGCUUCUCUCUAUUGAAGUAAAUGGUCACAAGAACUCAGUAUGUGCACUGGUAUAUGGAGCUCUGGACUGGGGUAGAUAUCUACAGGGUGCUUGUGUGUACUGAAUUUAUGUUACGGGGCGUUUUGUCAACUGCACUGUGCUAUCUGCCACAAUACUAUCUGCCCUGUUGAGCUAAUGGAGCGACAGCUCUGCUUCUGUGUACUAAGCUCUUGCAAUCUGAAAGUAUUAAUACUGUACCUUGUUUUGGGGAGAUGCUGCGUGAUAAUUUAAAUAGUGCAAGUCUAUGAUGUUUAAAUGUGAAAAUGUGUUUUCGAAAACAUUUUAGUCACAAUAUAACACAAAGUUGUGCUCUUAUUCCCCCUGAUUUCACUUACGUUAAUUGUGCCUAACUCCAGUGUUGGACUGUGGCCCUUGGGAUUAGUCCUUUCAAGUUGGGUUGCCAAAUAAUAAGCCCGGCAUGUUCUUAUGCCUUUAAACAACUGCUUAAUCUGCAGAAAUCAACAAGAGAUGAAGCUUUACAUACAUAGUGAUAAACAUUAUCACCUGCAAAUUGCUCUUAAGGGCACAGCUGCAAGUACCAGUUUAAAUGCUGGCAAUUUUACUUCCCAAUGUUUUUGGCACUAACAUUCCAGUGUUCAAAACAGCAAUUAUUUUUAGAUGUUCCAUCUUUCUUACAUCUUGAUCCAAUGCAUGUUUACUCAGAGGUAAAACCCACUGAUCCUGUGAGGCUUAUCCUCCCUAGUAAGGAUUGCAGCCUUACAAUCCAGUCCUGGGCAGAGUUACUCCACAUAUGACCUGGCUACUUAUGCCAUAGCUAUGAAUUACUGACAUUAUUUGCCCCUCGUCAAUAGAAAACAUGGUGACAUUCUUGCAAUUUGCUUGUAAGGCAUUGAUGGUUAAGAAGGUGUAUAAGACAAAUGUCUUGUUAAAAACAAAUAGUCUGUCUUCUUCAACUUAAAGAACAAAGUGCUAUUUGCUCAUUAAUACAUAUUUUUAGAAUUUUAUUCUUUCCAAAAAAGUAUAAGUAUGUCAGUUGCAUAUUAUACUAAUUACUACCUAGCAAUGUUCAGCAAAAACUUAUUUCUUUUAAAAAUAAAUACAAAUACUGACACUCAAGUAAACUUUUUAAUACAUAGAAUUUCCCUUCAUCGUGUAUCUAAGUGCUCAUAAUUAAGCAUUACUUAGGGCCUUUCUAGGUUUUCUUUGUGUGGUUUCUUAGUUACUGUGGCAGAUUCAGAUGUCAAAAAGAUAUGUUUUGGGUUAAUUGCAUUGUUAUGAUUAUUUUAUUACUAAGCAAAUUAUAUUCCCCCUCUUCAGUUCAUGGACCAGCAGAAACUACAUGUUUGUGCAGUUUGGACUGGGAGCACAUUUAUGGAACCUAUUGGCUAGUGCCCUUGAGGUCACUGGUGAUGAACAUGACUCCCCCAUUCUCUCCAUACAAUUUUGUGAUAUUUUAAAUAUAUGGAGCAUGAUACAAAAAAUAUCAGAAUACCCUGCUGGAUCAUAUUAAAGGCCUGCCUAUUUUAGCAUCCUAUUGUUACAGCGACUAACUGGAUGCCUCUUCUGGGAAGCCGCCUGCUAUCAGGACCUGAGUGUAACUACACUUUCCUGUUCUGCAGCAACCAGUUUUCAGAGGUAGCACAAACUGUUACAGCUUGUAGCCAUUACAGAUAGACCUAUCCUCAUGAAUUUGUCUAAACCCCUUUUAGUACCAUCCAAAGUGGUAGCCAUUACUAUGUCUUGUGGCAGCAAAUCCCAUACAUUUAACUAUGUGCCAUAUGAACAAGUACAUCCUUUUGUCUGCCUUGAUCUUUGUUGGAUGACCCUGGGUCUUGCAAGAGAGGAAGAAAAAUGUCCACUUUAUCCACGCCAGGCAUCAUUUUAUACACAUUUAUCAUGUCCUCCCCCCUGGCCUUUUUUAAAGAAAUAAAGAGCCAAAUGCCCCAAUCAUUCCUCAUAAUGGGUAUUGUUCCACCUCUCUGGUUAUUUUUGGUUUUCCAGCUCUGCAAUGUCCUUUUUGAUGUGUACUAACCAGAACUGAACACAGUUGUACCAAAUAGCCAAAAUUAAGGAGUUCAAAGACUUUUUGAUCUUAGUAAGAGUAAUUUAGGCAUAUGCUUUAACUUGGUUAAGAUAGUUGGACUUUCAAAUACUUCACUUUGGCUGGAUCAUAUCAUUAUGCUACAUGCUUUAAAAUUCUUUACUUUAAAAAAACUUUUGUAGAGGCUAUUCCCCUUUUCACCUGAAGGAUCUACUACCUUCCCUGCAUAAUGUCAGGAAUGGGGUAUUUCACCACCAGCCCUAGGCUGGGGCUAGUAGUACGGCUACUAUUACAAAUGCUAAUAGGAACAAUAUGGAUUUCUCCUGUUAUCUGGAAAGGCCCUAAUGCACUAUUCAUUUUGUUCAACUCUGCUAACAAAAUUGUUUAGAUUAAGCAAUAUAAUAUGUAAUAUCAGUAUAUGUACAAUAUGUAUGUAUGAAUCAGAAAUAAAGAGCUUACAAUCCAG